UCCUUUUCUGCUGCCAUGGCAACCACGCAAGGACUAGAAGGGACCACAGGGGCUGGCCCUGGUGUGUACCAGCCAGAGAAGUCUGCUGUUCUACACCCAAAUCUGUGGAAAGGGAUUCCAGAGAAGUUCUUGAAGGGGGAUCCUAAAGUCCUCGGGGUUGUGCAGAUCCUAAUUGCCCUGAUGAAACUCAGCCUGGGAAUAAUAAACAUUAAUGUCACAUUUCCACUUAAUGAAGUUCAUUAUUUGUCAGAGCAUGAGUUGUACAAAAUUGUGGGUCACAUUGUUUCAGGGUCCUUGUCAAUUGUAGCAGGGGCUAAAACUACAAAAGGUCUGAGUAUAGACGUUCUGGUGAUCCUGUUAAGUGUGCUAGAGUUCUGCAUUGCUGUGUCCCUCUCUGCCUUUGGAUGCAAUGUAACCUGUUGCCAUCCUGAGGGGGUUGUUUUUGUUAUGCCAUCAAAUCCUCACAUGGCAGAAACUGCAUCUUCUGCACCAUUUGCAGGAGGUUUGAUGCCACCGAAAGACCAACAACAAAAUGUUCCAGAAAAUCCAUCCUGA